AUGUCCUAUACAAAGCCAACUUACUUCCUUACGCCACGGCGUCCAAGCCCACCAGAUGGACCCAUACGCCUAGGGGCCAUUAUACCCUCACCAACUCAACCCGACGAGCCACUAUAUCUACCUCCGCCACCCCCGAAAUCUGAUACCAGCAAGUUUACAGAAUACAACUGGAGCGGUUCCCACGCCAAACAAUCAUCGUCUCACUUCGGAGUCUGGACCUCUUUUCUAGAAUGUGUCCUUGGAAUUGGUGCAGAUGUCAGUGUGGGCUUGGACAGAUCUCACCACCAGAGCUGGAAAGUGGAUACGAUGACGACGCAGUCAUUUUUACCUAGUCGCACUUUCCUGGAACAAGUGGUGGGACAUGAAGAUGUGAGAAGGUACAUCACCGAAAACCGUUUCCGCGAGAAGGUCUAUAUAAUCACCGGCGUUAUGAUCGCAUCCUCGGCCGAUAUCUCGGGCCAGAGACUUCAGGAGAAGGGACUCUACGUUCAUGCUGGCGUUGAUGCGGCGGCGUGGGCUGGUGUGCCUAGUGGCCUUUCGUUCGGUCCAGAAGGAAACUGGAAACGCAAAGCUGAGACAAAGGAAUCGAGUCGAACAGCAGAUGAUUUUGUCUUUGCGUAUAGGAUUCGUGAGAUCAAGGUACGGAGGAAAGGUGGAGUCAAGGCGGAUAAGCUGUAUGACAAGGGUGCUUUAUUCGAUACGGACAAAAAGAGGAAGACAGAAGACUUGUAUGAGGUAGAGGUUGAUGGCUUGGGUGACGAACCUGAUGUUGAUGAUGUCGAUCUGGAAAAUAUGGAGGUCAGGCAGAAGAUUGGAGUCGAAGGGGAAGAAGAGGAAGUUGUUUGUGUUUUGCCAGAACCUAUGGAUUGA